AUGGCUUCCAGUCACUGGAACGAAACCACUACCUCUGUUUAUCAGUACCUUGGUUUUCAAGUUCAAAAAAUUUACCCCUUCCAUGAUAACUGGAACACUGCCUGCUUUGUCAUCCUGCUUUUGUUUAUAUUUACAGUGGUAUCUUUAGUGGUACUGGCUUUCCUUUAUGAAGUGCUUGACUGCUGCUGCUGUGUAAAAAACAAAACUGUGAAAGAUUUGAAAAGUGAACCUAACCCUCUUAGAAGUAUGAUGAACAACAUCAGAAAACGUGAAAUUGAAGUGGUCUAG